AACAAGCCUUCUAGGAGACUGAAUGGCACAUAGUAAUAAUGUCACGGAAUUUGUCCUUCUGGGCCUCACUCAGGAUCCCAGUGCACAGAUGACAUUAUUUGUUUUGUUUUUACUUAUCUACAUUGUGACAGUGGUGGACAAUCUGCUGAUCAUGGUCACUGUCCUCACCAGCCCCUCCUUGGGCUCCCCAAUGUACUUCUUUCUUGCCUAUCUUUCACUCAUGGAUGCUGCUUAUUCCACUGCCAUCUCACCCAAGAUGCUGAUAGAUCUGCUGAGCGCUAGAAAUACCAUCUCCUUCCCAGCCUGCAUGGGUCAACUCUUCAUAGAGCACCUAUUUGGUGGUGCUGAGGUCUUCCUUCUGGUGGUGAUGGCCUUUGACCGCUAUGUGGCAAUCUGUAAGCCUCUGCACUAUUUAACCAUCAUGAAUCGUCGGGUUUGCAUCCUCCUGCUGGUGGUAACCUGGGCUGGAGGUUUUGUACACUCUAUGGUUCAAUUUGUCUUUGUUUCUGGUCUCCCUUUCUGUGGACCCAAUGUCAUCGAUCAUUUUGCCUGUGACAUGUACCCUUUACUUGAACUUGCAUGCACUGACACCUACUUUAUUGGCCUCACUGUGGUCGCCAAUGGUGGGGCCAUCUGCAUGGUGGUCUUUAUCCUGUUGCUCAUCUCCUAUGGAUUCAUCCUGAACUCUCUGAAAACUCACAGUGAGGAAGAGCAGAGAAAAGCUAUUUCUACCUGCAGCUCCCACAUCACCGUGGUUGUGCUCUUUUUUGUUCCCUGUGUUUUUGUUUAUGUUAGACCUGUUUCUACAUUUCCCAUUGAUAAAUCUGUAAGUGUGUUUUAUACAGUUAUUACCCCUAUGCUGAAUCCUUUAAUAUAUACCCUGAGAAAUUCAGAAGUAAAAAAAGCUAUGAGAAAACUCUGGUGUAGAACGCUGACUAGAGAUCAAAUAUAAAUGUGUUU